AUGGAAGCAUUAGUGGCUAAUAUUACAGCUACAUGUCCACUGUCUUUUUCGGGAACCACGGGUUAUCUUUUUGCAAGUGCCAUAGCUGCAGUAGUUGCUGCGCAUUGUACUAUUUUUGACGGCUACCAGUGGCCAAAGGACAAUUUUCAAGAAAUAAUAAAUUCAGGACCCGUUUCAUACGACUUCGUCGUGAUAGGCGCAGGAACAGCAGGUUCAGCUCUCGCUGGGCGGCUGGCUAAUCUCGAUCCAAACUUAACUGUACUACUUAUUGAAGCAGGUGACAAUCCUUCGUUAAACAGCGAGAUCCCGGCAUUCCUGAUUUCUAAUCAAGAUAUAGACUGGAGAUACGACACAAUAUCUCAUGGAGCUUGUUUAGGUUUCAAAAAUAAUAUUUGCACAUGGAAUAAGGGUAAAGCUAUGGGUGGAUCCAGUUCUAUCAACGCCAUGUUAUAUAUUAGAGGACACCCAAGAGACUACCAGCUCUGGAAGCAAAUGGGUAACGAGGGGUGGGGAUAUGAUGACCUUUUGCCCUUUUUUAAAAGCUUGGAAUUAAAAAUGAAUCUUACUUCUUACGAAUAUAAUGACAAUCCUUGGUAUCAUAUUCUUGAAAAGUCAUAUAAGGAAUGUGGAAUAAAAGCCGAUACAAUAGACAACAAUGAGGGUAUAAUUGGAACAAGAAUUACCAAAUUGCUUAUAGAAAACGGUAAGCGUCUGAACACUGGGAAAAUUUACUUAAAACAAACGGAAAACUUGUUCGUAAUGAAGAAUUGUUAUGUUGAAAAAAUUCUUGUUGAUGACGUAUCUAAAACAGCUCAUGGGGUAGAGCUGCGUCACAAUAACGGUAUUGUAAUGCAAAUAAAAGCAAAGAAAGAAGUCGUUUUAUCAGCUGGGUCAAUCGCAACACCUCAGAUUUUAAUGUUGUCAGGAAUCGGUCCGAAAAGUCAUCUUAACGAUUUAGGAAUAGACUGUUUAAAUGAUUUACCAGUUGGAAAGAAUGUUCAAGACCAUGUAAUAUUUCCACUUUUUUUCAAAACAAAUCAAGGAGUGCAAAUACCAAAUGAUAUGGUAACAUUAGCAUGGUUACAAUAUAUGCUUACUAAAACGGGGCCAUUGUCCAAUAUAGGUUUGACUGAUUUCAUGGCUUUCAUACACACGAAAAAUACAUCUGAUUACCCUGACAUUCAAUACCAUCAUUUGUAUUUUAGUAAAAAUGAUAAAUUCAUUAUGCGGUCUUACUUAGAUAGUUACGGGUACAACGACGAAAUUAUAAAGAGCAUUGAACAAUCAAAUAAGAAAAGUGAUUUGCUUGGUAUCUACCCUACGUUGUUACAUCCCAAAUCAAAGGGGGAAAUAUUGUUAAAAAGUUCAAAUAUCUCAACAAGACCUAUAAUAAUAACAAAUUACUUUGAUGACUCAGAUGAUAUCAAAACACUGAUACGAGCGAUAGAGUUCGCACGUAAACUAGAGAAAACUGAACACUUUAAGUCGCUUGGAAUUCAAUUCGUCCCUUUAAAAUUAUCUGGUUGUGCAAGGUUGUCCCUAUUUACUGACGAAUAUUGGGAGUGCUAUAUUCGUCAUAUGGCAACUACGGUUUAUCAUCCUGUUGGAACUGCGAAAAUGGGUCGUAAAGAAGAUAGAACAGCAGUUGUUGACGGGAAUCUGUUGAUUCAUGGUAUACAUAAUCUGAGGGUGGUGGAUGCGAGCGUGAUGCCGACCAUUCCUGGAGGAAACACAGUGGCACCGACUCUCGUCAUUGCUGAGAAGGCAUUCGAGAUCAUGAAGAAAAAAUAUGUUGCCAAAGAUGAACUAUAA